AUGAUGUUGUGCUCGAGAUCUCGAAGUACGCGAGAUGUCAAAGGAAAAACAUCAACAAAGACCCAUUUUCACAUUUCUCUGUUUUAUUGUUUAAACUGAUUUUCCACAUCUAUUCGGUUAUUCUUGAUGUAGUUUCACGUAAAAGAAAAAUGAAGAUCCAGAUGGACGGUUUCCGCAAGCUGCAAGAUGACCUUGAAAAGGUCAUUGAUAAAGACGACUGUGCAAGCUCCAUCACAACAGAUUCAGAGGAGACAAAGCCUAAGUUUCGCACCAGGCGGGACUGUCUGAAACAUUUCUUCCACACAAACAAGUUCCACAUUUUUGUGGUUACCUUUGUGAUCAUAGACUGCCUUCUGGUGGUCACAGAACUCCUCCUCGACUUAAAUGUCUUCACGAAGGAUGCACACCACACUGUUGCACCUCAUGUGCUUCACUACUGCAGCAUUGGCAUUCUUGGGUUGUUUCUGCUGGAGAAACUUGUCCAACUGUGUGUGUUUCGGUGUGAGUUUUUCAAGCACAAGUUUGAGGUGUUUGACGCUGUAGUGGUGGUGGUGUCAUUCGCAUUGGACGUUGUGUUCAGAGACAGUUUGGGACCGGAAAGCGGUUUAGGUCUCCUAAUAGUUCUCAGGCUGUGGAGAGUUACCCGCAUUAUCAACGGUGUCGUGAUGUCAGUGAAGUAUCAGGCUGAGGCCAAAGUGAAGCGUGAACGUCGCCUGAGAGAUGCUUGUGAGCAAGAGCUCAUGAAAUACCGCGAGUACUGCACGGCCCAGGAGAAUGAGAUUGAGAAGUUGAGAGGGCUGCUGAGAAAACACGGCAUCACCGAUAUCAUGCCUAUAGAAAUACCACGACCUGUCAGUCUUAUCAAUGUGGUGGCGGAGGUCAAUCCUGUCAAUGAGAAAACAUACUUGGAUAAGGACAAGUCCAAACAGUGAGCAUAGAAACAUCAUUUGUUGACUACUUAAGUAUCACUUGUGUUGUAUAUGACCUUGAAUUGUGAAUUUGUGGGGUUUUUAGUGAUUAAUUUUAUUGUAAAAUUUGUUAAUCAAUUACAUCAGUGUGAAACAGGUGCUCUUGUCUCUCAUUCACUCUUUUCCCUCACAUUUGUAUUUUAGCCAAGCUCUGUGGAAAGGGGGUUUAAAUCAUGUGCUCAUAGUGUCGUCCCUGAUUAGCCUGUGCAGUUUGCACAGGCAAAUCAGGGACAACACUUUCCUUCUUACUCUUUAGAUUUUUGCCAAGAAGAAACCUCCUUAACAUGAAAAAAUAUCAUAAAAGCGAAAAGUGUCCCUGAUGUAACUGGACAGGCCAAUCUGGGACAACACGUUACGCAUAUGCAUUAAAACCCCUUUUCACAGAGCCUGACCUCUAUUAUUUAUGCAAUGAUUAUAAUGCUACUAAGACUCUAAUUACAAAUAAUAAUGUUUACUAGUACACUUUGUUGAGUUUAAUAUAAAGUUGUUGUUUUUAGGAAAUUGUAUCAAAAUUGUGUAAGGAUAUUAAAUACAAUAAUUAUUAUGCCUCCCUUUGAAGAAGAGGGGGUAUAUUGUUUUGCACAUGUCGAUCGGUCUGUCGGUUGGUCCAUCAGUCGGUCCGUCGGUCCGUCCACCAGAUGGUUUCUGGAUGAUAACUCAAGAACUCUUAGGCCUAGGAUCAUGAAACUUCAUAGGUACAUUUAUCAUGACUGGCAGAUGACCCCUUUUGAUUUUCAGGUCACUAGGUCAAAGGUCAAGGUCACAGUGACAAAAAACGUAAUUCACACAAUGGCUGCAACUACAACUGACAGCCCCUUUGGGGGCAUGCAUGUUUUACAAACAGCCCUUGUUUAUUUAGGAGAAGUAUGUAACCAUGUACUUUUUUGUUUGAACUUUUUUGUUUUUAAAUUUAUAAACAUUAUAAGAAUAUUUUGAUAAUAAGAUCAUUGUCAAUUUCAUAUAAUGUAAAUUACUUUAAAUUAUUUGUUGUUUUGUCACUUUUUUUUCAAAAUACUAUGACAAUAUAUAACAAUUUAAGAAAAGUUUUUUGUUAUAAGUGUACAUGUCUUAUAGUGCUACACAUAGAUUCAGAUGUGAAAUACCUUUUGAUAAGAACAAGAACACAAUUGUUUUAUGCCAUUCUUGGAAGAAAAGAGGGUAUAUAGUUUUGCAGGUCAAUGUCACAAUAAGUGUGAAAUGACUCUUCAAUGAAUUGACAGAUCUGCUUGAUACUUCACAUGUGCAUUGGGCUUUGGCAGUAGAUAACCCUUAUUGAAAUUGGGGUCACUAGGUAAAAGGUCAAGGUCACUGUCACAAUAAGUGUGAAAAUCAUUUCCGAUCAAGAACUUGUCAACAAAUUAACCAAUUGGCUUGAUACUUACCAUGUGCAUUGGCCUUGGACAGUAGAAGGCCCAUAUUGAAACUCAGUCCACUUGGUCAAAGUUCAAGGUCACUGUCACAAUAAGUGUCAAGUUGGUUUCCAUUCAAUACUUCAUCAAAAGAUUAAGUGAUCGGUGUCAAGGCCCUGUUUUAGGUGCAUAUAUUAAUGACAGAGAAGCUCUUGUUAUUUUUUAUGAUCAUGUUGUAUUUCUAGAUUUAUGCUAUACAUGGGUUUGUUCAAUUGUUUGUUGUAUUCUAACUUAACUACAUACUCCAGGGUACUGCUGAAUCAGGGCAUGAUAUUGAAGUAGAUAAGUUACUUGGGUAUUUUCAUCAAUUGCUGAAUCCAUCUAUUUAUUAGUUAAAUGCUUUUACCUGUAAGUUUUCAACAUGGUCAUUUAAUUGGUUUGCUUGACAUGUGCAAAAACAUAAUGACAUAUAUAUAUUCAUCUAGUCGGAAUUGAACACUCAAGAUUUUAACCCUUUCUCACUCAGAAGCACAGUGAAAAUGGCUAUGUGCAAACAGCAUAAAACCAGAACAGCCUGUGAGAAACUCACAGUCUGUUCAGGUUUUAUGCUGUUUGCUGCUAAUCAGUAUUUAAGGGUGGGAAAUGAAACCUUUAAAACUUUAAUCUAGUAAGAAAGGUUUUAAUUAAAUAUAACUUUCUAAAUGACUACACAUGUGUCAAUAUAUGUAUCUAAGUUGUUAAAGAAUAAAUGCGUAUCUAAGUGGUAAAGGGUUAAACACAUAUCUAAGUGGUUAAGGGUUGUGGUGGGAGGAAGGAGCAGGCUUCCUGUAAUCUACAUGGUAUUUUCUUGUGCUAUAGAGAUGUUUAUGAUUGUUUGUUUGAAUCUCAUGGAUUUUGGUUGUAUUUGUGAUGGCUUUUAAAGUUACAUUUAGGAUAUUCUGUACUACAUGAUUAGGGCAUUUAUUUUUGUGAUCGCAAAAUAUUAACUCAGGAAUUGCCAAAAUGGUUGACAUAACUUAACCAGCAUUUUAUGAAAUUAUAUUAUUAUAAUUGCAAAUUUAUGUUAUGCUUUAUGGUGGUUUAUAGAGAAAUAUAAGUGAAUUAAAACUGAUAAUUCACUAUUUCAAACAGUGAAAAUUAACGUUGAAAAUUUUCAACAAUUUUCACUUUUAUAUUGUGAAAUGAUGUCUUUUCUAUGACGUUACAAUGUCUUUCUUUCCGAAAUAAUAAUAAUUUAUAAGCAUAAAAUAUUAUUGUCUAUGUCCAGUCAUGAAUUAAAACGGAUAUUCCACCAAAUCCAACAAAUAUCAUGUAUUAAAUUGGAAUUUUUUUAUUUACAUACAUAGUUUAGUACACCAUUAACCCAUUUAUUCCUAGCAUCUAGAAAAAAAGGCCUUGGCAAACAGGGUAGACCCAGAUGAUCUUCGCUGUUUGUCUAAAGAAAUUUCUGUAAGAAAUAUUCUAAUUAUAGAAAUAAAUAUACUAGACAUCCUUAAUUUUGGAAAUAAAUUGAUCCAAUUAAGAAGGAUGGGAGAGUCCACUAGGCAUUAAUGGGUAAAGCCCUCAAAGUGGUUACCUCCACAUUUGGGUUAACAUCAACCUGGGCAUUUACAAAGUGAUAUGCUUUCAGAUAUGAAAGUAUUUCUUGUUCAUAACUUUCACAUUGUAUGACAAUCAGUUCUGUUUCCUACAUUAUUGAACUUUCAAUAUACACAUUUAUUUAUUACUAACAAAAAUAUUAAAUAAAAUACAAAAUAAUGAAUUUCAGUAAUAUGAAAUGGCAGUAAAAUUUCAAUUUACCAUAAUCACAUUGUGUAUAAUGUUUGCAAAGGGUUUGAUACAAGCAAGUAUGCACCAAACUUGUUAAAUCUCUGCCAAGGUGUAUACUUUUUGGAGGUUAACCCUCGUUUACACAUUGAUGCUUCUGUAGUCCCACAGAAAAUCAAAAUUAAUUAAAAAAUUCUUUACUAGACUCAAGUUUUACAGGCUUCAUUUCCAGCCUUAAGAUACUGAUGAGCAGCAAACAUCAUACAACCUGAACAGACUAUGAGUUACUUUUAGUCUGUUCUGGGUUUUAUGCUGGUUGCAAAAGUCAUUUUCACUUUGUUUCUGAUGGGCAAAGGGCUAACUACAGUAAAUUAUGCAUUCACAGCCUUGCAUACUAUGGUCUUCUCAGUUCUUUAUUAAUCUAUUUGAUCAUUUGCUAUUUGCACAGCUAAUGUACUAUCUUGCCAUGGCAAUGUUUUUUACUCGCUUAUUGUAAGUAGUGUACAAAUACAUGUAGGUUAGUUACUAUACUUGGGCUGUUUUUUAAAUGAUUUUGUAUGAAGUAUAUACUGUACUGCUGUUUAAUGAGUGAAACAAAUUAUGUUGAUAUUGUAUGUUUAGUUGUUGGUUGCUUUUUUUAGUGGGUAUAACAUUGGACUUGUCUAUUUGUGUUUGUACAAAAAUCUUGUUACUGUAUUAUGUAACAUUAAAACUGUUGCUUUUGAGUACAUUUUAGCUCUCUUUUUGGAACGAAUUUGUACGAUUGUAGUUCUGUUCAAGGUAUCCGUUUGAAUUUGGGUCAGGAACUAGGUCACCAGGUCAAGGCUUUGACAAUUGUUGUUCCUUGAACUCAGGUGAGCGCUUCAGGGCAUUCUUAUUUUUGUUGUUGUAAUCUGAUUAGAAAUGAGCUUAUCUCUGUGAAAAGGGGGUUUAAUGCAUGUGCUUAAAGUGUUGUCCCAGAUUAGCAUGUCUAGUCCACACAGGCCUAUCAGGGAUGAUACUUUCCGUCUAAACUUGAUUUUUGUAAAGGAGAGACUUUCUCUAUGCGAAAAUUACCAUACAAGUGGAAAGUGUUAUCCCUGAUCAGCCUGUGCUAACUGCACAGGCUAAUCUGGGAUGGCACUUUACGCACAUGCAUUAAACCCCUUUUUCACAGAGCAUGGUCCAAUUGUAUUUGUGUGUUAACAUUUUUGUAUGCAUACAUUAAUGCAUUUUAGUUUUUAUAAUCAUAUUUCAUAUACAUGUGUCUGCACUUUUUAGUUGCCUUUUAUUAUACAGUUUUCAUUUUCCAUGUACAAACAUAGUCAUAGUUAUGACAUAAUUAUUGUUUCGUUGUGUAUCAACUAGUUUCAAAAUUUCCAAUGCAGUUUUUGUGUGUUGUUAUGUAUAUGUAUGUAUUUUAUUUAAUAUAAUCUAUUACAAGUAAAAAUACAACAUAAAAACUA